AUGCAGAAUAACUUCAAUGAACUGCCUGAUCAAGCACGGAUGAGUGAGCCUCUGCUUUAUCAAACAAAUAGUUCAAGCUGUAAGGAGAUAUAUGCAGGUUCCUAUGGCAUGUCACCACCUUUUACUGGAGUAGACAAACCAUCCGAGCACAGCAUUAAAACUCAAAUAUCUAUCAAAAUCACGUUCAUGGUGCAAAAUACAAAUGUACUGACUAAAAACUACCAACAUAUCCUAGCCUUUCUGUAUGCUGUAAAGGAGAUCAAUGAAAAUGACCAGAUUUUGCCCAAUGUCACUUUGGGAGUUCAGAUCUACGAAAGCUACUUCAAUGCAAUAUGGACCUACCAUGCCACAAUGAAACUUCUCACCAUGAACCGAAAAUGUAUCCCCAACUACAAGUGUGGCAUCCAAAAUAAACUUCUAUCCAUCAUUGGUGGGCUUUACUCUGAAACCUCCCUACUCAUGGCAAACAUCCUGGGCAUCUACAAAGUUCCACAGCUCACGUAUAGCUCUGCUCCAGUGAUGAAUGAUAAAAAGAAAAUUGUUUCCUUCUAUCAGAUGGUCCCCAGUGAAGCCCACCAGUAUAAGGGAAUCCUUCAACUCCUUUUGCAUUUCAAGUGGUCAUGGGUUGGGGUCCUUGCCAAAGAUGAUGAGAAUGGAGAAAGUUUUACUCAAACCGUACUUGCAAUGUUUUCCCCGAAGGGCAUCUGUUUUUCCUUCAUAGAAAGAAUCAAGCCCAUUUUCUUCAGUAGCUUUUUUGAUGACUUGAAUGGGUUGGCAAGAAUAUAUAGCAUUUGCAUGAAUAGCAGUGCCAAUGCAGUGGUUGUCUAUGAAACUUUCAUUUUGCAUCUGAGAUGGCUGCUGUUUCUACCAGAAAUUGACUGGGUGGCAAUGGAGUCUAAAGGUAAAGUGUGGAUUACAACAGCUCAUGUGGAACUCACAGCUUUGCUAUAUCAAAGAAACUGGGAUAUACAGCCCCUUCAUGGGUCUCUGUCCUUCAGCAUUCACUCAAAUGAAGUAUUUGGAUUCCAACAUUUUCUUCAGAGCAGACACCCUCUCAAGGCAAAAGAAGACCAUUUUAUCAGGGACUUUUGGGAACAAUCUUUCAGCUGUCUGUUUCCAAAUCCAUCUGUUGGUCAGGAAGCUGAAGAGAGCUGUACUGGGGCAGAGAAGCUGGAGAGCCUUCCUGGGGCUUUUUUUGAAAUUAACAUGAUUGGCCAUGCCUAUAGUAUCUACAAUGCUGUCUAUGCUGUGGCAUAUGCAUUACAUGCCAUGCAGGCACGCCAAUCCAAACACAGAGCAAUGUUGAAUGGAAGGAUACUGAAUCUUCAGGAUCAUCAAACUUGGCAGCUGCACCGCUUUCUGAAAACACUCUCAUUUAACAACAGUGCUGGGGAUGAGGUCACUUUUGAGCAGAAUGGGGAAUUGAUAGCUGGAUUUGAUAUUAUGAACUGGGUCACUUUCCCAAACCAGACCUUUCAUAGAGUGAAAGUUGGAAGACUGGAUCCCCAGGCUCCUCCAGCUGAAGCAUUUACCAUCAAUGGGGAUCUCAUUGUAUGGCACAGUUGGUUUAACCAGGCAUUGCCCCUUUCAGUCUGUACUGAGAGCUGCCAUCCUGGUAAUUUCAAGAGAAAGCAGGAAGGGAAGCCAUUUUGCUGUUGUGAUUGCAUCCCAUGUCCACAAGGGGAAAUUUCAAAUCAUAAGGACAUGGGUGAUUGUUUGAAAUGCCCAGAUGAUCAAUAUCCAAACAAGGAUAAGGAUGUGUGCAUUUCUAAGAAAAUAAGUUUCCUGUCUUAUGGAGAACCUUUGGGGAUUGGCUUAGCCAUCUUGGCACUCUUCUUUUCUUUGUUCACAGCUUCGGUACUGGGAACAUUUAUGAAGCACCACAACACUCCCAUCGUCAAAGCCAACAACCGGAGCCUCACCUACACUCUCCUCAUCUCCCUCCUGCUCUGCUUCCUGUGCACUGUGUUAUUCAUUGGCCCACCUGGGAAGAUGGUGUGCCUGCUCCGACAAACUGCUUUUGGCAUCAUUUUCUCAGUGGCUGUGUCUUGUGUGUUGGCAAAAACCAUCACAGUGGUUCUGGCUUUCAUGGCCACCAAGCCCGGAAGCAGGGUGAGGAAGUGGGUGGGCAAAAGGCUGCCCACCUCCAUUGUACUUCCCUGCUCCUUGGUUCAAGCAAUCAUUUGUACAGUGUGGCUGGCAAUCUCACCUCCCUUCCCAGAUGCAGACAUGCAUUCAGAACCUGAAGAAAUAACACUGGAAUGUAAUGAGAGGUCAACCUCCAUGUUUUACUUUGUCCUGGGCUAUAUGGGCUUGCUGGCUAUUGUCAGCCUCACUGCAGCUUAUCUUGCUAGGAUGUUACCUGACAGUUUUAAUGAGGCCAAAUUAAUCACUUUCAGCAUGUUGGUCUUUUGCAGUGUUUGGUUGUCCUUUGUUCCAACCUAUCAAAGCAACAAGGGAAAGUACGUGGUGGCUGUAGAGAUCUUCUCUAUCUUAGCUUCCAGUGCUGGACUGCUAGGUUGCAUCUUUUUCCCCAAAUGCUACAUUAUUGUGUUGAGGCCUGAGCUGAACAAAAGGGAACAGCUACAGAAAAAGCACUGCAAAACAUAA